AUGGCGCUGAGGAGGAUUGUCAAGGAGCUCAAGGACCUGCAGAGGGACCCGCCGACCUCCUGUAGCGCAGGCCCCUACUCGGGCGGCGUGUUCCUGGUGACCAUCCACUUCCCGCCGGACUACCCGUUCAAGCCCCCCAAGGUGGCCUUCAAGACCAAGGUGUUCCACCCCAACAUCAACAGCAACGGCAACAUCUGCCUCGACAUCCUCAAGGACCAGUGGAGCCCCGCCCUCACCAUUUCCAAGGUUCUGCUGUCGAUAUGCUCGCUGCUGACGGACCCCAACCCGGACGACCCGCUGGUGCCGGAGAUCGCGCACAUGUGCAAGGCCGACCGGACCAGGUACGAGUCCACGGCCAGGGGCUGGACGCACAAGUACGCCAUGGGAUAG